AUGUCGGAUGGGCCGUACGUACGUACGUACGUCCGGCCAUCUUUGCUUUUGUCUUUGCCAGAUGUCGGGGGCGGCGGAAAUGGGUGGAAGGCGAAGUAUCGUACUCUGAUGAUGAUGGCUUUCGUCUCAAGAUCCGCGACCCUCACAUCCAUCCCCAUGAACGGCAGUGAUGAUGAUGCCGACAUUGCUCGUUGACCAUAUCAAGACAGAGGGGUGGUACGUCGUCUGUGGACAAGGAGGCGUGCCGAUUUAUCAUCAUGUCGUGGUGGCAGUCAGCGGUGCCGCAAGCAUGUGUUCGCGGUGCAGGCAAACUAGCAUUGCCGGAGUAGGGUUCUGUCGGGAU